AUAUCGCAUAAAGUGGACAAGGUCUUCGGGCAUUGCCUUCGUUUACGAUCCACACCACACUCACUUGACACUCGCUCUCUUCUACACCGUUCGUUCUUACCAGAGGAAGCUCGGCCUUGUCGUGCGCGGUGGUCUCUUCGCUCUGCGGGUAGCAUACCAGGCUCUCUCGUUAUAACAUCGAGACCCCACGCUUCCGGUUCCGUGAACCACCAAUCACUUACACCCAGCGUGUCCAAUCUAUAUCGGUCGCUGGUCCUUCAACGUCUAGGCAUAACUGCCAGAGCACACGCAUCUGCCUCUUUGCAACGAUACACAGACGCCAAGCUAUAAGACGGAGACAACUUUGAAGGGGGCACCUUUCCAAUCUUCAACACCCCCUCCAGAGGGCUUGGGACUUUAACAAUCCCAUUGCCCGGGGCAGUCGCCCACGAAUCUACCUUCACAGCCUCUUCACCUCGCACUGGUCAAGAUGGGUAUCGGAAGCUACUUCAAGGCCAGUACCAAAAAUGCUGAGCAGGCACCGCCAGCGCCGCCGCCGGCCAAGCUGGCUCCUCCUCCUCGGUUACAGCUGGAAGGUCGGCAGUCGGUAAUGUCGGAGAAGCCACCAUCGUCCACCUCGGGCAACGACGUGGAUCUUCAGCCUCCCACCCCUAGGUUUCAUUCCCGACCCCAAUCCAGCUCUGGCAGGUCUACCCCUUCAACGCAGAGCUCCAUGUUCCUCGACGACAUCAAGCAUGAAGUCAUGGUCAACUAUCUGUACCAGCAGCAGUGUUCUCAGCUCUGGGUCAGCGACGGGUCUGGGGAGAUCGAGGGUGUCCUGCUUCGUAAAGCUCGAGGCCACUACAUGGCCUGUCCCCCCCAGCUUGCCAGUUCUCCCUUUGCGCUGGCAUGCGCUGCUCUCAACGUGCAGUGCGCCAUGACAGUCAACUCGCGUGUCAUCAAGACGUUUCUGCAAUGGUCCCCUGACGCCGUUGACGUGCCGCUCAUGAACGGCUUGCGCGUGCAGAUUCUCCCUACCAUUGAUGACUUGCCGCGAGCUCGCAAGUACCAGUUUGCUGCCUUUGUCGCGUCUGAGGGCCUCCUGGUUGUCUGGGACGAUGAUGCUCUUCAUUUGGUGGCACGAGCCAAGGCUAUCGAGUCCGAGCUCAUGGAGCUGGUGUGGAAGGCCGGCAACGUAGACGAGGAAGGCGGCGACGAGAAGGGAGGCCAACCUGUCACUGAGGUUGAAAUUGAUGAAGAGAGCGGAGAGAUCAAGCCCGAGAAGCGGCCCAUUCAUCUCCAAAACACCGUCCUCGUGUCUCUGACCCUGGCCUUGGUAACCGUCUCUCUUGGCGCCGCCUGGAGACAGUUGGCCAUUGAGGUUUCCGUGGACAGCAACUACAUCCGUCUUGCCCUCGUCGCCCUGGCUCCAGUCCAGGUUUUCUUCACCCUCUUCUUCGCCCAGGUCAUUAUCGGCUGCUUGGCUCAAAUCUUUGGUCCCAUCCGUCAGCUCACAAUCAACUCCAAGUUCUACUCUGCCCGACCCCCACCGCGCCUGCAGAGUGCCGUUCUUCCUCAUGUAACCAUCCAGUGCCCCGUCUACAAGGAAGGUCUGCAGGGUGUCAUCAUGCCGACGGUCAAGUCCAUCAAGCAGGCCAUGUCCACGUACGAGCUCCAGGGCGGUUCCGCAAACAUGUUCAUCAACGACGAUGGUUUGCAGCUCAUCUCCGAAGAGGAUCGUCUUGCUCGCAUCGAGUUCUACGCCGACAACAGCAUCGGCUGGGUCGCUCGCCCCAAGCACGGAGAGAACGGCUUCACCCGCAAGGGCAAGUUCAAGAAGGCCUCCAACAUGAACUUUGCCCUCAUGAUCUCAUGCAAGGUCGAGGAGAAGCUGCAGGCAAUUGAGCGUCACCCCGGAUGGAGCCAGAAUGACGAGGCCUUGGCGUACGAGGAAGCUCUCAAGGAAGUUCUCGAGGCCGAUGGCCGUGCCUGGGCUGAUGGUAACAUCCGCAUGGGAGACUACAUCUUGCUCAUCGACUCCGAUACCCGUGUCCCCGCCGAUUGCCUGCUCGAUGCUGUUUCCGAGAUGGAGCAGUCCCCCGACGUUGGCAUCAUGCAGUUCUCCUCCGGCGUCAUGCAGGUCGUCCACACGUACUUUGAGAACGGCAUCACCUUCUUCACCAACCUCAUUUACUCUGCCAUCCGAUACACCGUCUCCAACGGUGACGUCGCGCCCUUUGUCGGCCACAACGCCAUCCUCCGCUGGUCUGCCAUCCAGCAGGUCGCCUACCAGGACGAGGACGGCUACGACAAGUUCUGGUCGGAGAGCCACGUCUCGGAAGACUUUGACAUGUCGCUGCGUCUGCAGUGCAACGGCUACAUCAUCCGCCUGGCUGCCUGGGCUGGAGAGGGUUUCAAGGAGGGCGUGUCGCUGACCGUCUACGACGAGCUUGCCCGGUGGGAAAAGUACGCCUACGGCUGCAACGAGCUCCUGUUCCACCCCAUUCGCACCUGGCUCUGGCGCGGUCCCUUUACGCCCUUGUUCCGCCGCUUCCUCUUCUCCAACAUUCGCUUUACGUCCAAGGUCACCGUCAUCUCCUACAUCGGUACCUACUACGCCAUCGGCGCUGCCUGGAUCUUGACCGCGGUCAACUACUUCGUCAUGGGCUGGUUCAACGGCUACCUGGAUAAGUACUACGUCGACUCGUGGCAGGUCUGGUUCUCCAUCAUCAUCGUCUUCAACGGCCUCGGCAACAUUGCCCUAGCCGUCAUGCGGUACCGCGUCGGCGAGCGCGGUCUGCUGUACGCCCUGUUUGAGAACUUUAUGUGGACUCUCAUGCUGGCCAUAUUCCUCGGCGGCCUGUCACUGCACGUCAGCCAGGCUCUGCUGGCGCACAUGUUUGAGAUUAACAUGACAUGGGGCGCCACAAGCAAGGAGGCCGAGUUUUCCAACUUUUUCAUCGAGGUGCCAAAGGUCUUGAAGAAGUUCAAAUUCUCCAUGCUCUUCUCGUUGAUCUUCAUCGCCGGCAUGAUUAUCCUCGCCCAGGCGCCCUUUGUCCCCUUUGAUUGGCGCAUCAAGGACUUUGUCGCCAUCCUGCCUAUGGCCACCGUCGCCGCCAGCCACUUCCUGCUGCCCCUGGCCCUGAACCCUGCCCUCAUGACGUUCUCAUGGUAAUCUGGGGAGCAUACCUAGCAUGGCACGCCUAUGAACAUAUACUACACAGAAAACACAUCGAAAAAAGAAAGAAAAAAAAUUACAGCACAUAUAUAGACGGGAUCGGCGUUUCUUCCCCCCACCCUUCCCACAUGUGAACUUACACACAGAUCUCAUCAUCAUCUCACGUACCCAUUGCCAAUUCUACGACAGUGUAGCCAGAAUGAACGAUAUCAACAUGUUCCCUGUUCUCCGGCAAUUGUGUUCCAUGGUUCUUUCUUUUUCUCUGUUUCUUCUUGUAUGGCCAUGUAUUGCAAAAGAAAGGCCCAAACGUUAGACUCUUGCACUUGACUCUGGAAAGGAGGACAGGGUGUCGAAACUGUUAUGAAGGAAUGUGGGAAACGUAUGGUAUUCGGGACGGCUUAUUGGAACAAAAUGGCAGGGAUGGACUGGUUGUUAGUAUAGGAUAGUAAUACCAUAACAAGAACUAUAGUUGUCCUC